UCUUCUACACAGUGUUUCUGUAGACUGUGGAGCUUAACUGUCGUGUUUUUCGAGAGAUUACACUUCAUAAAGUGGAAUCGGGUAAAAAUUUCAUGCUAUACAGCUGACAGUGGAAUUCAAAGUGUGGUAUGGCAAUGUUGCUUAGGACUAAGAAAACUCGAAUCGUUUUAAGUGUUAAAAUAAUCGCUUUCUUGUCAGUGACAAUAUUUUAUUCGUUAUUGAAUAUCUUCAAUGAAGACAAUUAUGAGGAAAAUUCACGUGUAUCACGUCAUUUGUUAGCCGUACCCGAGGGUCAAAAUUGUACACCGGCAGCCAUUUUCGACUUUCCUCCUGAUGGUUUCACCAGACAACAGAGACAGCAAGGAUGGGUUCUGGUCCAUGCGGGAAUAGCAACAUAUUUAUUCAUUUUAUUGGCUAUAGUGUGCGAUGAUUAUUUCGUCCCAGCCAUUAAGAGAUUUUGCGAUAGCCUAGAAAUGUCGGAGGAUAUUGCUGGAGCCACGUUUAUGGCAACUGCAAGUUCCAGUCCGGAACUUUUCAUCAAUUGCGUUGGUACUUUCGUAACUGAAGGGGAUUUGGGAGUUGGCACUAUAGUGGGAUCCGCAGUGUUCAAUAUUUUAGCAGUACCAGCAUGCUGUGGGCUCUUCGCAAACAUGGUUAUGGACUUGGACUGGUGGCCGAUCACAAGAGACAGUAUUAUUUAUGGAACUGCCGUCGUUCUUCUCAUAUCAGUUUUAUACGAUGGAAGGGUUUAUGUUUAUGAAGCUCUUACUUUGGUCCUUUUUUAUACUCUUUACAUAUUUAUAAUGUAUUUCAAUGGAAGCAUCAGUGCUAUAGCAACGAGGGCAUUGAGAAAAAUUCAGAGAAAGAGACGUUAUACAGAAAUAUCAAGAGAAACUGAACCACUUCUGUCCAAGAAUGGCAUCACUGGUUCCAAAUGCAAUGUAUCGAAUUGUAUCUGCGAAGCAGAUAUAUCCUUAAAAGACUGCGAAGAAUUAGAGGAAUCGACCAAUAUUUGGGAAUGGCCCAGAGAGGAAUCGGCUUCAGGGAAAUGCUGGUGGAUUUUCACCUGGCCAAUUUCCUUUGUCCUCUAUCUGACAACGCCGGAUUGUAGAAAAUAUCCCAAGUUAUUCGUUUUCACAUUCCUGAUGUGCAUAAUUUGGAUAGGUUUAACGUCAUACCUUGUUGCUUGGCUGAUAACAGCUAUAGGUGACACCCUGAAUAUACCAGAUUCCGUCAUGGGUCUCACUUUCUUAGCAGCUGGAACAAGUGUGCCAGAGGCAGUAUCAAGUGUUAUUGUCACAAAUCAAGGUCACGGCGCAAUGGGAAUCAGCAGUUCCAUUGGCUCUAACACCUUCGAUAUACUACUUUGUCUUGGUAUACCAUGGUUCAUCAAAACAGCUUUUUAUCCAACAGUUCCUCAUCGUCAUUGGAUAAAAAUAAAUUCUUCUGGUAUCACCUACAGUGCAGUUUCAUUAUUAUCCACGUUGGUUUUGUUCUAUGGCGGACUUUAUAUGAACAAAUUCAGACUGGAUUGGAAGAUUGGUUUAGGUUGUCUUGCUCUAUAUGGCGGAUUUUUGACAAUGGCUUCUCUUAUUGAGCUCAACGUUUUCUUUCCAGUGAAUCCACCAACAUGUGACCGAUAGAAACAUCACAGUUCCUUCAAAUUCGAUUAUAAAUUUUCGGAGUAUAAUCUUUCACAAUGUAAAUAAAAUACUGACAAACUUC